AUGAGUUCGAAUACUUCUACGAGGGACUCUUGCUCUACCGGCUCACGAUCGAUUGUCUCUGUUGAUUCCCCGGUAUGAACUUUUGAAAUCAGAUCUCAACAUCGCCGGCUCAUUUUUUUGUUAAAAAAAGAGCGAAAGAAUGAUUCAAUAUUAUAUUAGGUGACUCACUCGUGAGUUGAGGUUCAUUUUCAAUACAACGUCAGAAAAAUCCUUCUAUCAAGGGCUCAAUCUUAAAAGUACAUCCACAAAAAUCAGAAAAAGAAAUUUGCAUGGAAUAUUUUUUCAGCGAUCGCUCGAUAGUGGAAGCUCCCGUCCUGUUUCUGCAUCGAGCGUCAACACUCAUUUGUCAAGCCCAACAAACACGUUAUCAGAUUAUGUACGAUUUUUAUAUUAUUGAAGUUAAAUUUUUUUGAAAAAAACUCCAAAAUCCUUUUGAAAAUUUUUUGAAUUUUGUGAGUGAAAAAAAUGGUCACAUCGGGAAGACAAGAAAAAUAAAUUUUUUUGACCUUUUUUUCUUGAACUUAGCUCAUAAGUAAUUGGAGAUACGUAAUGAUUAAUAUUUUUGGUUAUUUUUUUAAGAAAAAUAGUACAAACGAACAGAAAAGAUUAUUUUCAGAGAUUCAAAAAGAAAUUAUGGAAAGUAGGUCUUCAAAUUGCAAGAUGCCUAAAUUUAUUUUGAUUUACUUUAAUGAUUGAGAAUCAAACCCAAAAAAAUGUCGAUUCAUGAACUCUGAGCUGAGAAGUAAAAUGUUUACCAAAUGUGCCGACAUCUGAACCACAUGAAAAAAAUUAAGUGCCUCAAUAUUCUUGAAAAUCUUUCAGCGAAUGUCCUCUUCUACAGCUCCGGUAAAUCCUCACAGAAGAUCUCCCUCCAUCGACCAGCGCUCACCUAUCCUUACGCCAGUACGAUCUCAUUUUCAAUUAUUCAUAGUUUUUAUAGUCCUACUCAAAACAGUUUCCAUGGCUUGAAGACUUAAAAUUCAAAAAUCAAAGUACAAGCUAGGGAAAUUUCAGGCCCGGUCGAAUAUUUUGGAAAAAAAGUUCAAUAGAUCGCCGUGUUAUUUUCAAAUUUAUAACAAAAACUCAUUUUUCAAAUUUUUUUCUUGGUUUUUUUGAGUAGGAAAGGUUCCAUUCUUUUCAUCACCAAUUGAAAAAACUCGUUGAGAAAAAAAGUGUAUAAUCAAAAUGUUUUCAAAGAAUUACAUACAGCUGAAAAAAAGUAAUUGUUUGGCAUUGAAUAUUUUUCAGGAAGUCAUUGUCCUAUCGUCCGGCCCGGCAACUCCAAAUACGCCUAUUUUUGCACCCCCGGAGCUAUCUCCGCCCGUUUUUGCACCCGCGGAGCUAUCUCCUUCAGAUGAGGUUCUUUUUUUUCAUUUUUGACGCAGUGAAAGUUUAUAUAUACUUUCAAAAUUUGUAACAAAAAAUUAGGCACGAAAAACGUGAAACAACUUUUUUUUCACAGUUUAUGACGACUAAAAAUUUUCCACAAAAUGGUUUGAGGAAGUUGAAUUAUGACACACGACCACGAAAACGAAAAUUUCUGACAUCUCCACAUUAAAUUAUGAACAUCUAGAUUCACGAAAAUAUGGCAAACGAGGAUCCGCCGACGCAUGAUAUGGCAAGAAGAUACUCACCUCCGCGCGUUUUCCGGUUUUCGAGGUAGCUUUCGAUUUGUGAAGCUGGAAAGUUUGUGAUAAGAUAUCUAGAAUACAAAAGUAAACAAAUUCUGAUAGAAAAAUCGGAGAAUAAAGCGAUAUUCGAAAAACUAGCAAAAAAGAAGUGAAAGAAAUUUUUUAGGAGGUCGAUAUGCCUGUACUUUGCGGAGAAAGGGAUCAUCAGCGAAGAGUAUGCUUGGGAGGACGCCGUGCGAACCUCAAGCGAUUCGACUGAUGAUGAAAUGUGGCGGUAUGGCACAAAUUUGUCAAUUAGUUCAUACUAAAGUUAACAAAAAUUUAGGCCAGUUGGCACAUACGAUCUUGAAGAGGUAACCGACUUCUUCAAGCCGAAAGCCGACGAGCGCCGGAAACUUUGCUGGUUAGUAUGAAAAGGAAAAUGUUGAGUAUGUAAAAAAGGCGUGACUAAUAAAUAGAUCACGUGGAAAAUUAGACGACUAUAUAAGGGUCUAACUCCACUGAUUAUCAAAACAAUAUCAACUCUCGCCUCGGCUCCACCGCAUCGCCGACCACGUUGUCCGCCGCCGCCGCCGACAACGCCGACCCCUGAUUCACAACUACCUCUUUUUAUACUCAGUACAUAAAAGUUUUGGGUGUAAUCUAUUCCGUCCAUAUACACGCACACACAUAUAUAAAAGAAAACAUUGAAAAUAAGUUUGACAUUUUUUAACUACGACAAAGACAACAUUUUUUGAUUCAUUCACCAAGAAAUCAUUUAUUCAGCCAACAGCUUAUCUUUUUUUCAAGGACCAGCGACGAAUCGACUCCUAUUGAAGACGGUUCUUCGCACGGCAGGCCGUCUCCCAUCCAUCUCAGCCCCACAGAACGCCUAGCAGGACAAUCGGAACGUCCUGCCAGCGGCUUGAUGACAGGUUUCUUCUUAUUUUUCAUUUAAAAUGGGAGGGCAACCUGGCACAACUGGUUGUGUGCCUGUCUAUGGUUCACAGAAUCACAAGUUUGAACCCCCCUCCCCCCCACUCGACUCAACCCAAUGGGUUCAAGAAAUUUCGGUAGAGGGAAACCAAACUUCAAAAAUCUCUAGCAGUCACACACAAUGGCGGAUUUGUCACUAUAGCCAGUCCACAGAUUAUCCUUAAUAUCAGGCUAAUCAACUUGAGGCACCGGCGCUGCUCAAGCCGUACAACGGCGUAGGAAGAAAAAAAAGAACCCAUGAUUAAAAAACGUGUUGAAAAGCUCGAUUUGGAGCCUCAUUUUUUAAAUUAAAAGAAAGAAAAUUAGGGAAACUCGAUGCGGCUUUGGAUAAAUCACAAAGAAUUUUUCAACCUUGUGAAUGAGAAAAAAACUCUGAAGUCUGCUCCGGAAAAAUGUUGUGUUUAAAAAUUGAUCGGCUUCUAUCGGAAAAUGUAAAAGAAAGUAUUCAGAGAGACGUGAUCCUGUUCAGCCAGCUCAAGAAAGUCCGUCGCGACCCCAUAUUGGUCUGUUUAGCUUCACUUUUUUUAUUAUAGGAUAGUCAAUCCAUCUCGACUUGAAAGGCGAGUUCAAUUCAGCCACCAGCGACUAUUUGGAAAGCUCGUUUAUCGCUUUUUGAAUUUUUUUUCCCAAUCGGUUACCUAUUUUCUUUUCAUUUUUGCAACAAAGAUGUAGGGAUACAAAAAGAGCGCUGAACGAGCUUUUUGAAUAAACGAUGGCGCUUUAAGUGAACUCGUGUCAAGAACCGGGUACGCGUAUCCCCUUUCCUUUGCCCUUUCCCCUUUCAAAUCGGGAAGGAUUGAUUAUUUGAAGGGAACCUUUUUUAGGCAAUUUUGUCUAUUCAGAAUCUCCUGGCUCCGACGAAUCUCCCGAUGAACAGAUUUUCUCUGAUGACGAAUGA